AUGGCACGUCAAAUUGGAACAUUCGAAAACGAUUUUGACAAAUCCUUGUCGAGGACCCUUGAUUGGCUUGGAAAACGCGACGAUAUGUGGUGUUUGGUCGUCGAUAAUCUUGACGAGUUAGAAAUGUCCACAGAAAUGCGUAAGCUGCUUACUGGUCACUGGAAAAGUAUGGCUCGUGGUCACAUCAUCAUAACAACAAGAAGGGAGGUUUCAGAAAUUGGAGAAGAAACAGGAAUUGACGAGCAGUGUUGCAUUGACUUAAAAUGCUUAACAGAAGAAGAAGGCAUUCAGUUCCUAUGGAUGCGAACAGGGAAAGCUGAAAAAGAAGAAAACGACUUACGUGAACUGGUCAGAGAACUUGGAGGACUGCCUCUAGCCCUUGAUCAAGCUGGGGCCUAUAUAAGGUGGGUUAAACAGUCCAUAAAGGAGUAUGUGGAGAAAUACAGGAAGCAGAAGCUGCUUUUAUUAAAAAAGAAAAAGGCCCAACUAUUUGUGGAAAACACCUCUGCUGAGCGGCUAGCUGUCCACACAACAUGGAUGUUGAAUUUUGAUCACAUCAAUCACAUAUCAAAAGAGAUGGAACUUGGAGAAGCUCCCAUUCGUUUUAUGCAGGUUUGUGCUUUUUAUGGCCCGGAUGACAUUCCAUACGAGUUGGUUAAUGAAGGGCUAAAGGAAGAUGGCAGUUCUGAAGAGGAAAGCGGUGUAUGGGAUCAAGCUGAAAUAAUGUCUCUCCUUACUAAGUUUUCGCUGUUUCAAAGAUACGGAACAAAUUCGUUUAGCGUUCAUCGUUUAGUGCAAGAGGUGAUUCGAAGCCAGCUGAAAAAGGGGAAAAUUGAAUUGAAUGUUCUCUAUCGUGCAGUGUGUAUUCUUCACCACGCGUUGGAAAAUACUCGCUCUCCGGCAGAAGUGUGCGAAAGUUUCGUUGAAGACGCUGUUUUUAGUAUAGAGAAUCCCCCUUCGUUGCAUCUGUGGGGUAAGUUGGCCUUACAUUCCACGUAUUUGCAGGAGCAUUUGCGCGAUUACUCCGCCAAGCACAAAGAGUCAGUCCAUACCCUGCUGCACACUGAAGAAAGCGUGCGUGUCUUCAAUGAAGCAGGUAUAUUCUUCAGUAUUUCCCAAGAGAAAGUUAAAGCUCAAGAAGUACAAGAACUAAAGCUUCAAUCACUGGUGAACCUCACAAAGCCGACCACAGAGGAUGGCACUAAAUUGCCUACGUAUUUCAUCGAUAUCCCUUUAAAGGACAGGGACUACAAGCUGAUUUCUCACUGCAUGAGACAACCAGCUUCUGAAGGCAAUUCCCUGAAUGUGGCAGGAAAUUCUUGUAUGGACAGGGAGAAAAAGGCUGACCAGAUAAGGGAACAAGGAAACCUUGCAGUGCAAAGUCGUAAGUUUGAAGAUGCGUUGGAACUUUAUUCUAGUGCCAUUGAUUUGAAUGUCGAGGACUAUCGACUCUUCGCCAACCGAGCUCUUUGCUAUUUAAAACUCGACCGGCCACAGCGAGCUCUUGAUGACUGUGAAAAGUGCCUUUCAUUAAAUCCCCGAUACAGCAAGGCACUUCAACGGAAGACCUGGGCUCUUUAUGAUCUCGUUAAGGGCGGAGCUGAUCACCUCAAUGGGCAAAGGAGAGCAACGCUGACACUGGCUGUGUUCUUUGAUUCUAGUCUUCAAAGUAACGUAAAGUUUUGUGAAAUGUUUCCAGAAGUACGUUCGUUUUUAGCUAGAGAAAUAAAGAAUGAAACGCAAUUGGCUAUAGCUCUACUGACGGCGAAGGAAAAUGAAACUUUGCUUUUGCACGAAGGAGAGUAUAAUUUAGAAGAAUUCGUUUCCUUCACUGAUCUCCAGAUUGUAGGUCUAGGCAAGGGAAUCACUUUAACCUGUUCGACCCUUUGCUCAAUUUUUAGUUCCAGCUGCUAUUUCGAAAAUAUCAUUUUCUCCAAGGAGAACAUUGGUCUAGUUUGCCAAGAAAAGAAAGGAAUUAUUCAUUUGAACCAAUGCGGAAUCUCAGGGGGCCGGACAACUUGCGAGGAUUUUCCGGAAUGUAACGGAGGUCCUGGAUGCAUAGCAGCAUCUUUAGGAGAGCCUGUUUGUAAUCGUACGGGAAAAUUUGGAGAACCAUCUUCCAUCUCUGGUAUUAUAGGUUCUCCUGGGGUCCAGAUUAUAAAUGGGGCCUUUGGACUUAUUGAAAAUUGUACAAUUCAUGACUGUGGUGGAGGAGGCGUACUAGUUGCAAAGGAAGACGCCCGCAUGGAGGUGAGAAAAUGUGAAGUGUACAAAAACCAUCAAGGUGGCUUAGAAGCAAGAGAAGGAGGAAAACUGAUUGCCUCUGGAAACAGGAUAUUCGACAACGGAUACCACGGCAUCAUACUCGGUCCGUAUGCAGGCGAAUGUGACAUCACUGAUAACAAGAUCUUUGAAAAUAGAAGAGAAGGCAUGCUUGUCGUCACGAAUGCGAACAGGAUAGACAUACGUAACAAUGAUGUUCAUCACAACGGGCCGUUUGGGCUUUCUCUGGAUGAUAAUUCUCGCCUUUCAAUCAGUAACAACCGGAUAUUCGAGAAUGGAUUUUGGGGUAUCUUCGCCAAAACACGAACCUCCGCAAAUAUAACAGGAAAUGUUAUCUCUGGCAACAAAUGUGGUGGCAUUUUCAUUGGG